AUGCCCACGCCCAGGUCACCGGACGAGGGCACAGAGGAGGCGGAAGCCGAGGAGGCCGAGUCAGGCCUGGCCCUCCCCGCGGGCCCGCCGCUCGGGGGGCGCAGCGUGGCGCUCCCGUGCCUCUCGGGAGCUCCGGCCGCCGUGCUGGCGCGGGAGGGCGAGCUGAAGCCGAAGGGCAGGGACGCCCGGCUCGAUGCGCCAGGGGCGGCGGAGGCGCCCGAGGAGACCGGGAGCGCCGAUGGCCAGAAACAGAGGAAGAAGGACAAGAAGCCCAAGAAGGAGAAGGAGAAGGAGAAGGAGAAGGCCGAGAAGCGGCGGAAGCCGAGCACCGAGUGCAGCGCGUCGGAGGGCCGGAGAAGAAAGAGGGAGAAGAAGCAGGCGAAGGAGGCGGCGGAUGCCAAGGAGGCCAAGCAGAAAGAUGCCAGCAAGGAUGCCAGGGAGGCGAAGGAGGCGAAGGACACCCGGGACGGCAGGGCGCGCAAGACCGCCGAGGAGGCCAAGGUGCCCAAGGAGUCGAAGCAGUCCAGGGAUUCCAAGAGCGCGAAGGGCUCCACGGAUGGCAAGGACUCGAAGGGUGCAGCCGAGGCGCGGGACGACUCCGCGCCCGGGCCCUCCCCGCCCGCGGGCCGCAGCGCGCUGGCCUUCAAGCCGGUCCAGGUGAUGCGGAGGAGCACCGACAAGGACCGCGCGGCCGCGGCCGCGGCGAAGGUCUUCGAGGCCUUCGAGGAUGCGAGACUAGCGUCCAAGGACCGCAAGCCCAAGGGCAAGGACAGCAGGGAUGAGGCGAAGGACUCCAGAGGAGACGCCGCGGCCACAUCUUCUUCCGCCAGGAAGCCCACGAGGUACGAGAGGUCGGAGCCCAAGGCCGCCAAGGGAGCAGCCCUCGACCUCGGCAACCUCAAGGAGAUGCAGAAGAGGCUCGAGGAGGAGCGCAACAAGUUGCGGAUGUGGGUGAUCAAGGCCAAGCACGAGUGGGAAGAGAGGCAGGAGAAGCUCGCCGACGGCCAGAAGGCGAUUGGCGUCACCGACGACGAGGACUACUAUCGCUGCUCCGACGGCGAGGUCUUCGGGCCUGGUGGCGAGUUCAAGUGCGAGGGCAGUAUUGGCAACGGCGUCUUCUCCAGCGUUUUCCGGGCGAAGCACACGGCGGAGGGCACCGACUACGCGAUCAAGUUCGUUCGGGCGAACACGAUGAUGCGGAAGGCGGCCGAGAAAGAGGUGGAGACGUACCGAAAGUUGCAGCGAACCGCUGGUGCGUCUUCGAAGAAGGAUCAGGAGGCCUGCCAGUAUCUGAUGUUCCUGUC